AUGACGACUAUGGACUUGCGUGUCGGUAAUAAGUACCGUAUUGGCCGUAAGAUCGGAAGCGGUAGUUUCGGUGACAUCUAUCUUGGCACCAACAUUAUCUCCGGCGAGGAAAUCGCCAUCAAGCUCGAAAGUGUCAAGGCCAAGCACCCUCAACUUGAAUAUGAAGCCCGUGUUUACAAGUCUCUUGCCGGUGGUGUUGGUAUUCCGUUCGUUCGCUGGUUCGGUACUGAGUGUGACUACAACGCCAUGGUGAUCGAUCUGCUCGGACCCAGCCUGGAGGAUCUUUUCAACUUCUGCAACCGCAAGUUCUCCCUUAAGACCGUGCUUCUGCUUGCCGACCAACUUAUAUCCCGCAUCGAAUACAUUCACGCCAAAUCAUUCAUUCACCGUGAUAUUAAGCCCGACAACUUCCUGAUGGGUAUUGGCAAGCGCGGAAACCAGGUCAAUGUUAUCGAUUUCGGUCUGGCCAAGAAAUACCGGGACCCCAAGACGCACUUCCACAUUCCCUACCGCGAGAACAAAAACCUGACCGGAACGGCUCGUUACGCCAGUAUCAACACUCACUUGGGCGUCGAACAGUCUCGCCGUGAUGACAUGGAGUCCCUGGGUUAUGUUAUGCUGUACUUCUGCCGGGGCACUCUCCCGUGGCAGGGCCUGAAGGCUGCUACUAAAAAGCAGAAGUACGACCGUAUCAUGGAGAAGAAGAUGACAACCCCCACCGAGGUUCUCUGCCGUGGAUUCCCCAACGAAUUCUCCAUCUAUCUGAACUACACCCGUUCCCUGCGUUUCGAUGACAAGCCAGAUUAUUCCUACCUUCGCAAGAUCUUCCGUGACUUGUUCGUUCGCGAGUCAUUCCAGUACGACUACGUCUUUGACUGGACCGUUUACAAGUACCAGAAGAACGCCGCCAUGAUCGUGGACGCCAAGAAGGAUAAGGAGGCCGAGGACCAACAGCGUCGCCAAGGUGGAAACAUACCCAUGUCUGGCGGCGCCGCCAAGCCCGGUGCUAUCUCGAGCCAGCGUCGCAAGAUCAUGGAACGUGGUACCCUCGACAACACCCCCGACACCAACCGUGCUGUGGGAGGGAGCGACAGGAUGCUGCGUUCUGCUUCUAAGGUUGCUGCUUCGGGUACUCAUGGACCUGGUGCUAGCCGCUCGAAGCGGGACGAUGGGCUCGGACCUUCGUGGUAUUAA